AUGGCCGCCCCACUCGGACACCGUCAGCUUCGUCGCUACCGCGACUACAACGUCCCGAAGCUGACCGUGACUUACCCUCCGGCCUCUCACAUCGUGCGCAACGCCGACGGCGUCGCUGCUCUCCUCGCCGUCCACGGAGAGUACGUCCUCGUUGACGACGACAUAUAUCGCGCCCUUCUGGGCAAGGAGAUCGCCGUUUCGAAGGAAGGUGAUGUGAUCCGGGGUCACUCGUACCUCCACCACCACGUGGUUCGCCCCCGCUCCAACUAUCGCGUCGUGCACAGGAACGGCAACAAGCUCGACAACCGUCGACUCAACCUCAAGAGGGUCAAGGAGCAAGGAAGAACUCUUCCUCGGGAGCGCUUCAUGCCUCCCUGGAUCCGACACUCACGCCAAGUCACUCGAGAAGAAGCUCAAAUUCGCGAUGCGUACCAUCGCGGUCGUCUCACGGUCAAGGUUCGAGGAGGUCGAAGAAACGAUUAG